AUGGCGAAGGGCAUCAACACGACGAAGGCGUCGGCCGACAACCCGAACCGCAAGGUCCCCAAGCGGCAGAAGGCCGCCAACAUGCGCGACAAGAGCACCAUCAAGCGCCUCAACAUGUACCGCAACAGCGGCCCGAUCCGCAACAAGGCCGGCAAGGUCGUGGGCGGCAGCCUCAUGAUGAAGAACAAGGUCGGCGGCCAGGAGAUCACGAGCGCCAGCGGCCGCGUGCAGCCCGACCGCCGCUGGUUCGGCAACACGCGCGUCGUGGGCCAGAAGGAGCUCGACAAGUUCCGCAACGAGAUGUCGCUCAAGGCCGCCGACCCGUACUCGGUGGUGCUGCGCACCCGCAAGCUGCCCAUGGGCCUGCUGCAAGAGUCGGAGAAGGCCACGCGCAUGAAGCUGCUGGAGACCGAGAGCUACGACGAGGUCUUCAACGGCAAGCGCAGCCGCAAGCGCGCCAAGAUCGCGGCCACGGACUACGCGUCGCUGCUCUCGAGGGCGCAGGAGAACACGGAGAAGUACGAGGCCAAGGGUCCGGACCGCAAUAUCGCCGUGGAGCAGGAGUUCAAGGAGGAGGUCUCGCACGACGUGUUCAACAAGGGCCAGUCCAAGCGUAUCUGGGGCGAGCUCUACAAGGUGCUGGACUGCUCGGACGUCGUCAUCCAGGUGCUGGACGCGCGCAACGUGCCCGGCACGCGCUGCGAGCACGUGGAGAAGCACAUCCGCAAGAACGCGUCGCACAAGCACCUGAUCUUCGUCAUCAACAAGUGCGACCUGGUGCCCAACUGGGUCACCAAGCGCUGGGUGCAGAAGCUGAGCGAGACGACCCCGACGCUGGCCUUCCACGCGUCCAUGAGCAACCCAUUCGGCAAGGGCGCGCUCAUCAACCUGCUGCGCCAGUUCGCCAAGCUGCACCAGGAAAAAAAGCAGAUCUCGGUGGGACUCAUCGGCUACCCGAACGUGGGCAAGAGUUCGGUCAUCAACGCGCUGCGCAAGAAGAAGGUGUGCAAGGUGGCCCCCAUUCCGGGUGAGACCAAGGUGUGGCAGUACAUUACGCUCAUGCGCCGCAUCUUCCUCAUCGACUGCCCCGGUAUCGUGUACGACACGGGCGACGACGAGGUCGAGACGGUGCUCAAGGGCGUCGUCCGCGCCGAGCGUCUGCCGCAGCCGACGGACUUCAUCCUGACCAUCCUGCAGCGUGUGAAGAAGGAGUUCAUCGUCAAGGUGUACGGCAUCGAGGAGUGGAACGACGAAUGGGAUUUCCUCGAGAAGCUCGCUAACAAGUGCGGCAAGCUGCUGCAGAAGGGCGAGCCCGACUACAACAACGUGGCCGUGCAGAUGAUCAACGACUACCAGCGCGGCAAGCUGCCGUGGUUCAUCGCGCCACCCAUGCGCGCGGAGGAGCUCGCGGCUCUGGAGCAGAAGGGCGACGACGCCCCGCUCAACGAGGCCGAGGCCGCCGAGGACGAGCAGGUGGAGCUGGACGAGGGCGAAGAGGUCGAGGAGGGCGACGACAACGAAGAAGACGAGGAGAGGAAGGACGAGGAGGAAGAGGAGGACAAGCAGAAGUGA